AUGCAGUACGUUAGGGGCAUCAGCGGUGCUAUCUCAAAGACCUACAACUCCAUCAACCCUGCCACUCUCUCUGGAGCCAUCGAUGUCAUUGUUAUUGAGCAGGAAGAUGGCUCCCUGGCCUGUAGUCCUUUUCACGUCAGAUUCGGUAAAUUUCAGCUCUUGCGACCUUCUGAGAAGAAGGUUGAAUUCCGAGUCAACGGUCAGAAACAGGAGUAUGCUAUGAAAUUAGGCGAUGGCGGCGAGGCUUUCUUCGUUUUCGAGACCCAACAUGAUAUUCCUCCUUCCAUGCAGACUUCUCCUCUGGUGUCUCCUGCUUCUUCUCCAGACACGAUAAAGCCUGAAAUCCUCACGCCGACCGGUUCAAACGAACCUACAUAUCUCGACCUUGCUGAUGAUGUGUCCCGACCGGCCUCGCCAGAUCCCGGAAAACACGCCGCGCCCAUCUUGCGUCACGAACGGUCCAAUUUGAGUGAUCGUGGCAUCUAUCCGACUUCAAUCCCAAACCCUACGGAUAAAUCAGUUUGGCCGGCUGAUACUGCAGUGCGACAACCUUCACAUCCUGCUCUAUUCCGCGCUGCCUCGGAAGAGCUAAUCUCCCCUCUUACCCAAGAGGACAUCAACGAGUAUUCUCAGAGCAUCCGAAGAGGUUCGUUUCUGCUUCCUAAUUCUACCUCAGAGAGUAGCAGUUCAGCAGCAAAUACAAGCAAACCACGCCGACCAGCCAUCGCUCGUGCCCUGACUCUAUCUAAGAGAUUAUCGACUUCAAAUAUCAGGUCCGAGGUAACUGAAACAGGCGAUGUCAUGCUUGACAUGACUGGUUACAAAAGUAGUGAAGACCAGGCACUCAGGGCUGAAGCUCUCGCCAGAAAGUUGUUGUCAGAAGAGCUCGAAGGUAAUUACGACAUUGGAUCGCUUAUUGGCACAGAUGAGAAUGGUAAUCUAUGGAUAUACAGCAGUGAAGAGGCAAAGGACGCAGCCAACAAAAGAGUUCAGCAACAGAACACUGUCGCCACAUCUAUGAUCAGCAGUAGCGAUUCCGAUCCUGGCUACCACUCCGACAGUGAUCGAAGCACCUCCGCGAGUGGCCCAAGUGGAUCACAUGCUCGCGCCAAAUCAGAGGAAAUGCCAAACAUGAGACUCUCAUCCGAAACAAGUCACUUCGCUAAAACAUUACGCUUAACAAGCGAUCAGUUGAAAAAGCUUGAUCUGAGGCCAGGCCCAAAUCCUGUCAGCUUUACAGUCAACAAGUCUACCUGCACAGCCAACAUGCACCUGUGGCGGCACGACGUACCCAUUGUCAUCUCUGAUAUUGAUGGAACGAUUACUAAAUCUGACGUAUGGGGUCAUGUAUACAAUGCCAUUGGCAAGGAUUGGACACAUACAGGAGUUGCCAAGCUCUAUUCCGAUAUUGUCGCGAACGGCUACAACAUCUUCUACUUGACAUCGCGGUCAGUGGGUCAGGCCGACACAACGCGGAAUUACCUCGACAGUAUCGUGCAGGACGGCUGGAAAUUGCCUAAAGGCCCCGUUAUCAUGUCGCCAGACCGCACAAUCGCAGCAUUAAGGAGAGAAGUCUAUCUGCGCAAACCGGAGGUUUUCAAGAUGGCCUGCCUGCGGGACAUUCUUAGUCUAUUUCCGGGCCGUACCAACCCGUUCUAUGCUGGGUUUGGAAACAGGUUGACCGAUGCAUUGAGUUAUCGAACAGUUCACAUUCCCUCAUCUCGGAUUUUCACCAUCAACUCGAAAGCAGAAGUGUCGUUGGAUUUGUUGAGCUUAAACAGUUACAAAUCCAGCUACGUAAGUAUGCGCGAGAUCGUGGAUCAUUCAUUCCCACCGGUGAGCACUUUAGUCAAAGAAGGCGGUGAAGAUUACACCGACUUCAAGUACUGGAGAGACGACCCGGGCGCCGAUAUCGACCGGUUCGAGCCCUCGGAAUCGGAAGAGGACGACUACGAUGACGAUGAGGCAGCCAGCUCGCAAAAUUACUUGUCACGAGCAUCGACUAUGCCACGACCUGAUUCGAGGCUAGGGAACUCGAUCAUCCGCGACUCGAUCGAGGUAGAGAAGGAGGCGGACUUGGACAGAUUGCAGAUAGUGGAUAGCGUCGCAAGUCGUGGCAGUACUGUAACCGCGAGUCCAGAAGCUAGUGACUCGGAGGGUGAUUAUGUCGAUGACUACGUCGACAGUCCACGGAGGAGGGUGACGCGGUCGUUGCGAAGGUAG